GAUAAAAAUUGAGAGAGAAAAAAAAAUUUCAAUAAGAAUCCCCAACUAAAAAUGGUAAUUACCACAUUCUCAGUUUUCCGCAUCGGCUUAUCGAUAAUUCCGGAAGUGACAUUUCUGAUGUUCCUAAAAUUCAUGAUAAUCAACAAUCGUCCCGAUAUAAUUGACAUCGAAAAUCGGAUUCAAUCGAUACCAAUAAACAAAAUGCAAUUGGUUUAUGAUUUCAUAAUAAUUGGUGGCGGUUCGGCGGGAUCAGUUUUGGCGAAUCGUUUAACGGAAGCGGAGCAAAAUUGGACAGUCCUGAUACUGGAGGCUGGAGGUGACGAGACAAUUCUCUCGGACGUGCCACUAAUAUUUCCAACUCUGCAAUUAACGAAUCUCGAUUGGCAAUUCAGAACGGUGCCAUCGUCCACCUAUUGUCUGAGUAUGAAUGGCCGAUCAUGCAAAUGGCCCAGGGGCAAGGUCCUUGGCGGAAGCAGUGUUCUAAAUGCCAUGCUCUAUGUGCGGGGAAAUCGUCGCGAUUACGACAAUUGGCAGAAUUACGGAAAUCCCGAUUGGAACUAUGAUCAUGUGUUGCCUUAUUUUAAAAAAUCGGAGGACAUGAGAAUUCCGGAUUUAAUUAAUUCGCCGUAUCAUCAAACAGGUGGUUAUUUGACGAUUGAGAGAUUUAAUUAUCAAUCGCCGAUUGUUGAGUAUUUUUUACGAGCUGGGCAUGAGAUGGGAUAUGAAAUAUUAGAUGUUAAUGGGGAGAAACAAACUGGAUUCAGUUAUUCGUGUGGAACUUUGAGAAAUGGAUUGCGUUGCAGUUCAGCGAAAGCUUUCCUGCGACCAGCAUCAAAACGAAGGAAUCUCCACAUUAGCACGCACUCAUUGGUUGGGAAAAUUUUAAUUGAACCGACGACAAAACGAGCUUAUGGAGUUACAUUCGAACGGGAAUUACAAGUGUUCACUGUGUACGCUAAUUUGGAAAUAAUUCUAUCAGCUGGCACAAUACAGUCACCACAACUAUUAAUGCUGUCCGGCGUUGGUCCCGGGGAGCAUUUGUCAAAAAUGGGAAUACCAUUGAUUCACAAUGCACCGGGUGUGGGUAGAAAUUUACAGGAUCACGUGGCAAUUGGUGGCAUUUCUUAUUUGACCGAUUCACCAUUUGGCAAAGAUUUCGAGGAAUUGGGCUUUGUUUUGCCAAGAUCAUUAACUUCCGACUCGGUGAGGCAAUUUGCUCUCAAAGGCUCUGGUCCAUUGUACAUGAUUCCACAAUGUGAAGUUAUGGCGUUCAUCAAAACAAAGUAUGCGAAUGAAACAGAAGAUUAUCCAGAUUUGCAAUUAUUUCUUGCUUCAGCUGCCGAUAAUACAGACGGUGGAUUAUUUGGCAAAAGGGGAUGUGGUCUCAAUGAUAAAGUUUAUGCGAGUAUUUAUGAAAAUAUUCUCUAUCACGACAGUUACACCGUUGUGCCAUUACUUUUAAGGCCAAAAAGUCGUGGUUACAUUGAAUUGCGAAGCAGAAAUCCUAAAGAUCAUCCACUAAUUUAUCCUAAUUAUUUUGCAGAUCCAAGAGAUCUCACUGUUUUGAUCGAGGGCACGAAAUUUAUUGAAAAAAUGAGCGAAACAAUGACAAUGAGAAUGUUGAACUCACGACUAAAUGGAAACCAAAUUCCGGAAUGUUCGAAAUUCAAAUUUCUAUCGGAGGAUUAUUGGCGAUGUCACGCUCGACAUUAUACAAUGACAAUAUAUCAUCCCGUUGGAACGGCAAAAAUGGGACCAGCCAGCGAUCCAGAAGCUGUUGUCGAUUCACAAUUACGCGUCUACGGCGUAUCUGGCUUGAGAGUCAUUGACGCAUCCAUCAUGCCAACAAUAUGCAGCGGAAACACAAAUGCACCAGUUAUCAUGAUUGCCGAGAAAGGAGCCGACAUGAUACGUGACUAUUGGAAGAAAAUUUCAGAGAGAGAGAGAGAGAGAGAAAGUUAUUUUUUAAAUCGAAAAAGAUAAGGCGAUGAGGAGAAACUCAAGUUUAUGACUCAGGCAAUUUUUG